AUGUUGCCGCAUCAAAAAGGCCCCUCUUCUGCGUCUCCACUGGCUACUUCUGUAAGCGCCUCGAAGCCGUUCAACGCCACAGCGUUUCGUCGGUUCUCGACACUCCUAGCCAUCAAACUCCUGAAGCGCUUUCGAAAAUAUGAGGGGAGUGUCCUCAUGUUGACAGAUAAAAUUUGUGUCAAAUACGGCCCCCACAUGCAAUUAUCGGAAGCCUCAACUAUGCACUUUAUAUCGGAAAAUACCUCUAUCCCUGUUCCCAAGGUUAUCUGCGCAUUCAACCAUUCCGACCAGACCUACAUCUUGAUGGAGAGGAUCAAGGGAGAUAUGAUAGCUAGAGGCUGGGCUAAACGGGGUGAGGAGUCCAAGGCGAAGCUUCUAUUGCAACUAAAAGCGAUGAUUCUCGAAAUGCGGGAGCUUCGGCCGCCAGACAAUAUGGGUGUUGCAUCCGUUGAUGGUGGAAAAUUGUAUGACUGCCGAAUUUCAGGUCCUUCCUACUUUGGGCCAUUUGAUACUCUUCAGGACUUUCACCGGCGUCUACGUAUGGGUGUGGAUUUUGAUCCAAGGCUAGACUCUGAUGUCCAGAACUUGAUCAAACAGCAAGAUAGCACGUGGCCUUUGAAAUUCACUCAUGGCGAUCUGAGUAGUCUCAAUAUUCUUGUUCGCGAUGAUGACAUUGUGGGAAUUGUUGACUGGGAAACGACUGGCUGGUAUCCGUCUUAUUGGGAGUACACAACUGCAUACCAAGUUAACCCUCAAAACUCUUUCUGGGUUAACGAGAUUGAUAAGGUCCUUGAUCCAAUGCCUAAAGAGCUCGAAAUGGAACAAAUUCGCCAAAGACGCUUUUGA